AUGACCAAAUACAUUCUGGUCUCGGGCGGUGUGGUCAGUGGAAUCGGCAAGGGCGUCAUCGCCUCGUCCACCGGCCUCCUCCUCAAAACGAUCGGUCUCAAAGUGACCGCUAUCAAGAUCGACCCGUAUAUGAACAUCGACGCAGGAACGAUGCGGCCUACCGAGCACGGCGAAGUCUACGUCCUCAACGACGGCGGCGAAGUCGACCUCGACCUCGGCAACUACGAGCGCUACCUCAACGUGACUCUAAGCAGAGAUAACAACAUCACCACCGGCAAAAUAUACCGUCAAGUGAUCGAAAAAGAGCGCAAAGGCGAAUACCUAGGCAAAACAGUCCAAAUCGUGCCCCACAUCACCAACGCAAUCCAAGACUGGAUCGAGCGCGUAUCCAAAAUCCCCGUCGACGCAUCCGGCGAGGAGCCCGACGUGUGCAUCGUCGAGUUGGGCGGGACAGUCGGCGACAUCGAGAGCGCGCCGUUUGUCGAGGCGAUGCGGCAGUUCCAGUUCCGCGUUGCGCAGCAGCAUACCACUUCAAGUGCAACUUCCAGUGCCAGUGGAGCGACUUCGUACGCAGGAGGCGGCGGCUUCUCCCCCAACUUCGCCCUAAUCCACGUCUCCCUCGUCCCCGACAUGCACGGCGAACAAAAGACCAAACCGACCCAAACCACCAUCCACUCCCUGCGCGGGCUCGGCCUCCUCCCCGACAUCAUCGCCUGCCGCCUGCUCUCCCCCACCCCACUCCACCUAGCGACGAAGCAGAAAAUCAGCAUGUUCUGCCAUGUCAGCGAGAAGCAGGUCGUGGGCGUGCAUGAUGUGAGCAGUGUGUACCAUGUGCCGCUGGUGCUGGAGGAGCAGGGGGUGGUGAGGUAUUUGAUGGGGCGGUUGGGGCUGGAGGAGGUGAGGGUGAAGAGGGCGGUGAGGGGGUUGGGGGUUAGUAGGGGGCUGGGGAGGGGGGGCAGGGAGGGAGAGGAGAUGGGGGUGGAUGAGGAGGAGGAGGUGAAGAGGGUUUGGGCGGAGAGAAGGGCUUAUGGGCGCGAGCUUGGGAAGAGGUGGCGGGAGCUUACAGCCGGCCAAGAACGCCUCUUCGACAAAGUAUCCAUCGCGCUCGUGGGCAAAUACACAGAUCUCAAGGAUAGCUAUAUGUCCGUCAGCAAGGCGCUCGAGCAUUCGGCGUUUAGAGUGCAUAGGAAGUUGACUGUGCAUUGGGUCGAAUCAUCCGACCUCGAACCCGAAACCCAAGAAUCCGCACCAGCGCGCUACCACGACGCAUGGCGCGCCGUCGUCGGCGCACACGGCAUCCUCGUCCCCGGCGGAUUCGGCCACCGCGGUACAGAGGGCAUGAUGCUCGCUAUCAAGUACGCGCGGGAGCAGCGCGUGCCGUUUUUGGGUGUUUGUCUGGGGUUUCAGUUGGCGGUUGUUGAAUGGGCGAGGGGGGUUUUGGGGAUUGGUGAUGCGACGUCGGGCGAGUUUGACCCGGAUGCGAAGAAUCAACUUAUCAUCUUCAUGCCUGAAAUCUCGCGUACGCAUAUGGGCGGGACAAUGCGGCUAGGUCUGCGCCCUACCGUCUUUGGUCCUGAGACUUUAUCACCCUCAUCCUCCUCAACGUCAUCUUCAUCCUCAUCCUCAUCCUCAACCUCAACCUCAUCCGCUUCAUCAACCACACCUACAUCGACACCCACACAUAAAGUCACGUCGACGAUCCGCAAGCUGUACGGCGGCGCCGGCACGAUUUGGGAGAGGCAUAGGCAUCGCUAUGAGGUGAACCCUGCGUAUGUGGAUAGGUUGCAGGCGAGCGGGAUGCGGUUUGUAGGCAAGGACGAGAAGGGCGAGAGGAUGCAGGUUUGCGAGCUUGCUGACCACCCGUUCUUUGUGGGUAUGCAGGCGCACCCGGAGUUCUGCACGCGCCCUUUGAACCCGUCGCCGCCUUUCUUAGGGUUCGUCGCUGCUGCGUGCGAUUUCAGCUCGGGGAUCACAUCGUCGCCGUCCUACCCCGACAUCUCGCCUUCUUCGACACCCACACCCUUCGCGCCUUCCGCUCCAACCACCAAAAUCUCCUCCUCCUCCACUACCUCCUCCUCCUCCACCAGCACCACCACCAACGGCACCCACACCCACCCAGACCCAGACACCACCGCCAACCAAAGCGUCCUGGGCACACAGCUCGCGCUGCAGAUGGAGACGUACGAGCCGCCGCACCCGAAAGAGGCGAUGGUGAGCGAGGCGCAGAUUAAGGCGCGCGCGGAGGCGGGGGAGGGCGAGGAUGAGAGGCGGAGAGAGGUGGAUGGGUUGAGUGAGCAUAUGAAGGUUGUGCAGGUUGUUAAUGAGGAUGGGCUGUAA